GCUCCGCCCCGGGACAGCAGCCAUGAGUCUCCAGGCCGUGCGCUACCGGCGGGGCAGCCUCAGCGUCCUGGACCAACUCCUCCUGCCCCAGUGCAGCCUCUACCGGCAGAUCCACGGCGUCCGCGCCGCCUGGGAGGCGAUCCGGGACAUGAGGGUGCGGGGAGCUCCAGCCAUCGCCAUCGUUGGGUGUUUGAGUCUUGCCGUGGAGCUUCACCACAGGGAGGACCGUGACAAGGAAGCCAUGGCAACCUUUGCUCUGGAGUCACUGGACUACCUAGUAACUGCCAGGCCCACGGCUGUUAACAUGGCAACGGCAGCCCAGCAACUGUCCCGAUUUAUAGCAUGUGAGGUCGAGCGGGCGGAUUUCACUCUGGAGAACUUCAAAGAAAGUCUGAUUUGCAGAAUCGAGUCCAUGUUGGAGAAGGAUAUCUGUGACAACCGCAGUAUUGGAUCCCACGGUGCCGAACAUAUCUUGUCCAAGGCGGAGACGGACAAAGUGACGAUCCUCACCCAUUGUAACACCGGCUCUCUGGCUACAGCAGGAUACGGCACAGCGCUGGGUGUGAUCCGAUCUCUCUGGGCCUUGGGUCGCCUCGAACACGUCUAUUGCACGGAGACCCGACCGUAUAACCAGGGAGCGCGACUGACUGCGUACGAGCUGACCUAUGAGAAAAUCCCUGCCACGCUCAUUGCCGAUAGCAUGGUUUCCAUGGCGAUGAAAGAGAAGCAUAUUUCAGCCGUCGUGGUGGGAGCAGACCGGAUCGCGGCCAACGGCGACACGGCCAAUAAAAUCGGCACGUACCAGCUGGCCAUCUCGGCCCGCCACCACCGCAUCCCCUUCUACGUGGCGGCCCCCAGCACGUCGUGUGAUCCCGGCCUGGAGCGGGGCGAGCAGAUCGUGGUGGAGGAACGGCCUGCUGAGGAACUCACGGACGUUAAUGGAGUCCGCAUCGCGGCGCCAGGGAUCGGGGUGUGGAAUCCUGGAUUCGACAUCACUCCUCAUGACCUGAUCACGGGAUUCAUCACCGAGUUAGGAGUCCACGACCCUUCGGAGCUGCAGAAGUGCUCGCUGAGAGGACACAGCUGGUCUCCUGAAGCAGGCAUUCGGAACAUCUGGAUGACAAGUUCCUUCCUGCCCUUUCCAAUGGCCCAGUGGUUUCAUUCUGUACAAAGUCCAAACGUGCUCUUCAAUUUCAUAAACUUGAGGAUUGCAGUAGUUCCUCUUUGUGCUGGUUUUGUAGUGGGAAUAACUCAACAAAUAAAAGCAGGAACAGGCCUGUUGAGCCUGGCUCUCGUUCAGUACAGUCACAGGCAGUUCCCCCUCUUCACCAGUUGGUCAUAGAGUCAUACAGCACGGAAACAGGCCCUUUGGCCCAACUUGUCCAUGCCGGCUGUGUUGCCCAGCGAGCCAGUCCCAUCUGCCUGCGUUUGGCCCAUAGCCCUCUAAACAUCUCCUAUCCAUGGACUUAUCUAGGUUGCUUUAGACGUUGUUCAUGUGCCCGCCUCAACCAUUAUUUCUGGCAGCUCAUCCCAAAUACGCACCACUCUUUGUGUGAAGAAGCUGCCCCUGAUGUCCCUUUUAAAUCUCUCGUCUCUGAUCUUAAACCUCUGCCCUCUUGUUUUUAGCACCCCCUCCCUGGGAAAAAGACUGUGUGCUUUCACCCUGUCUAUGCCCUCAUGGUCUUAUACACCUCUGUCAGGUCAGCCCUCAAUCUCCGAUGUUCCAGGGAAUAAAGUCCUGGUCUACACAAACCCCUCCUUGUAACUCAGGCCCCCAAGUCCAGGCAACAUCCUGGGAAAUCUUUUCUGCACUCUUUCUAGUUUAGUAACAUUUUUCCUGUAACAGGGCGACCAGAACUGCACAAUACUCCAAGUGCAGCCCCACCAACGUUUUGUACAACUGUAACAUAACGUCCCAACUCCUGUACUCAAUACCCUAACUGAUGAAGGCCAACUUCAUUGUUAGGAGUUCCUCAGUCCUACUGAUGUCAACUCUCAAUGACCAGGCAUCCACUGAUUCUGAGGUAAAGAAUGCCGAAGGCUCAGAACUCUGAUGAAACAUCUCUGCAAGUGGCCAAGCUUUUAUUCUGGCCUCUUCCAAUGACAGGAACAUCACUCUCAGAAUCGUGUUUGCCCAACAAAAUGGAUUGGAGUUGGUUUAUUAUUGUCACAUGUAUCGAGGUACAGUGAAAAACUUGUCUUGCAUACUGAUUGUACAGGUCAAUGAUGCAUCGAGGUAGUACAAGGGAAAACAAUAACAACGCAGAAUGAUUAUAGCUACAGAGAUAUUAGAUAUUUAUUAGCCAUGUACAUCGAAACACACAGUGAAAUAAGUCUUUUUGCAUUGCUAAGAAUGUGCUGGGGUGCAGGCAGACA